CACUAAUCACCCAUGAUAACUCACUGCAGUUGCUGCUGCUAGUAGUCUAGUACUACUGCAACACAUCUCCAUUACUUGCGACACUGUGCGUGGAAGCUGUGUGUCUGAGAGAGAGAUGGAGGUGGUGGUGGUGGUGGUCGUUGCGGCUGUAUGCGUGGCGGCCUACGUCGUUUGGUUUUCUAAGCUGGCGGCGCGGCUGAGCGGGCCGAGGGUGUGGCCGGUGGUGGGCAGCCUGCCGGGGCUCAUCCAGCACUCCGAGCGCAUGCACGAAUGGAUCGCCGACAACCUGCGCGCCUGCGGCGGCACGUACCAGACGUGCAUCUGCGCGGUGCCGGGACUGGCUCGGCGCCAGGGGCUGGUGACGGUCACGUGCGAUCCACGCAACCUGGAGCACGUCCUAAAGACGCGCUUCGAUAACUACCCCAAGGGUCCCACCUACCACGCCGUCUUCCUCGACCUCCUCGGCGACGGCAUCUUCAAUUCCGACGGCGACACGUGGCGAUUUCAGCGAAAGACGGCGGCGUUGGAGUUCACCACGCGCACCCUUCGCCACGCCAUGUCCCGCUGGGUCUCCCGCUCCAUCCACAAACGCCUCCUCCCCAUGCUCCGGGAAGCGGCCUCGGCCCCUGCCGCCGCCGCCGUCGAUCUCCAGGAUCUCCUCCUCCGCCUCACCUUCGACAACAUCUGCGGCCUCACCUUCGGCAGGGACCCAGAGACGCUCUCCCAGGGUCUCCCGGAGAACGCCUUCGCCACCGCUUUUGACCGCGCCACCGAGGCCACCCUCAACCGCUUCAUCCUCCCGGAGUCACUCUGGCGCUUCAAGAAGCGCCUCCGGAUCGGCAUGGAAGACACCCUCUCCCGCAGCGUCGACCACGUAGAUCGCUACCUCUCCGCCGUCAUCAAGGCGCGCGAGCUCGAGCUCCGUAACACUGACACGGCCACCGGCCCCGGCGGCCGCCACGUGCACGACGACCUCCUCUCCCGCUUCAUGAAGAAGGGAGACUACUCCGACGACUUCCUCCGGCAGGUGGCUCUCAACUUCAUCCUGGCCGGGCGGGACACGUCGUCCGUAGCGCUCUCCUGGUUCUUCUGGCUCGUGUCCACCCACCCCGCCGUCGAGCGUCGCAUCCUCCUCGAGCUCGCCACCGUCCUCCACGCGUCCCGCGGCCACAACACGGCCGCGUGGCUCGACACUCCGCUCUCCUUCGAGGAGGUCGACGCGCUGGUCUACCUCAAGGCGGCGCUGUCGGAGACGCUCCGUCUGUACCCCUCGGUACCGGAGGACUCAAAGCACGUGUUGGCCGACGACGUGCUCCCGGACGGUACAUUCGUGCCCGCCGGCUCCUCCGUGACCUACUCCAUCUACUCGGUGGGACGGAUUAAGUCCAUGUGGGGGGAGGACUGCCUCGAGUUUCGCCCGGACAGGUGGCUGUCGGCCGACGGUCAGCGGUUCGAGCCGCAGGACGCCUUCCGUUUCGUGGCAUUCAACGCCGGGCCAAGGAUCUGCCUCGGGAAGGACCUCGCCUACCUCCAAAUGAAGUCCAUCGCCUCCGCCGUGCUUCUACGCCACCGCCUGCGCGUCGCCGACGGCCAUCGCAUCGAGCAGAAGAUGUCCCUAACGCUGUUCAUGAAGUACGGGCUCAAGGUGACGGUGGAGAACCGUUGUGUGGACCAAAUUGCCGACGAAAUCAAAGCGAAGGCCGCUCGGGUGGUCGGCGGCGAGCCCGAUCGCCGAAAUUGAAGGCGAGCAGAACAAUCAAUAAUUCAAAUCGCAGUGCUAAUAAUUUUAUUAUUUAAGACGUGCAGCUACAGCGUGCGGGGCCGUAGUGCCACUUGUCACACCCAAAUUACAUAGCAACGAAAAAGUCAACAAGUAAUUAAAGUUGGUCAAGUAAUUUGUAUAGAUCAGAUUAAAUAAAUUGCUUUGGAAAUUAAUAUCA